AUGGACGACUCUGUCUUCGAAAUAUUGGACGGCCUUGAGACUGGCCGAGCUCGCUCGCAUGACAGCGAUCACUUCACGCAGCACUCACACAACCCGGAUGCGCACAGAGGGUACCAGAGCUUCCAGCCCGCAGUGCACCACCAACGGUAUCCCAUGUACCGACGCGAGAUGUCACACCACGAUAACGGUGGAAACACUAAGAGACUCCGUGCACACGAUUACGAUGACUUUGAUGGUGAUGUCUUAUUUGAUGAUUUCGACCAUGAACUGUUGAGACAGCCAAGUGAUGACAGAACCAAACAGGCACAGGAGGGUCGUGCACGACUCUCGCUUGCGCCUGCAGGCACCGGCCAGCAAUAUGCGAAGCCCGUUGAGGGGCAUCAUGGAUACUAUCAGGGCGCUGGUCAAGGCGCAUUCCAACAUUCACUAGAUGCUCAUCAAUCUCAAUCUGUGUACUGCCCAUUUAUGAGCCAGAACAGCUCCUCGCCACGAUUCCUUCCCUCGAGUCCAACCAUUCGUGCCACCCAACGUGACCUUGUUCAACGGCGGCCCAGUCACACGAAGAAACGUCAAAUGCCACGGAACAUUGAACAAGCUGAUCCGAUAGACGAUUUUCAGACAGACUUCAUCAAGCCCCAGCCUCUUCAGCAGCGUAGGCCAAAUGGCAUGCCUGUAGUCCAAGGCAUUGAGCUCGUCUCCACCCACGAGCUCCCUGAUCGGUUUCGUACCGUCUUCCCAUUCCCGGCCUUCAACGCAGUGCAAUCCAAGUGUUUCAUGGAUGUUUAUGGUACAAACAACAACUUCGUUGUGUGUGCACCCACUGGAAGCGGCAAAACUGUCAUAUUCGAGCUGGCUAUCUUGCGCUUGAUAAGCGGCCAUGCCAGUGGUUCCUUCAAGGCCGUUUAUCAGGCCCCAACAAAGGCACUCUGUUGCGAACGGCAGAGGGAUUGGGAGAAGAAGUUCAAGUCUUUGGACCUGAAGGUCAAAGAGCUUACAGGCGACACGACUAACGAACAACUGCAUGAUGUUCAAACAGCAGACCUGAUAGUCACUACUCCGGAGAAGUGGGACAGCAUGACGCGCCGCUGGAAAGAUCACGAACGCCUAGUGCAGAUGGUCAAACUCUUUCUCAUCGACGAAGUUCAUAUUCUAAAGGAAGAUCGGGGCGCAACUCUUGAGGCUGUCGUCUCACGCAUGAAAUCAGUCGGUACGGAUGUUCGCUUCGUUGCCUUGUCCGCGACAGUGCCAAACUUCGAAGAUAUUGCAACGUGGCUGGGAAAGAAUUCCACCAACCAGGAUAUACCUGCCCGGAAAGAGAGGUUCGGUGAAGAAUUCAGGCCCGUGCAGCUGCAGAAGCAUGUUCUUGGCUUCGGUGGCAACAACCCGAGCGAGUUCGCUUUCGACAAAGUCCUUACCACAAAGCUACCGGGAGUCAUUGCCAGGUAUUCUCAGAAGAAGCCGAUUAUGGUGUUCUGCUUCACAAGAAAAUCAUGUGAAGAGACUGCAAGUUCUCUCGCGAGAUGGUGGAAUGAAAGUGAGCCCAGGCAACGAUUCUGGGAACAGCCAAGGAGAUUACCGGUAUUUGAAGAGACAGCGCUGCGUGAUUGUGCAAUUAGCGGAGUUGCGUUUCAUCAUGCAGGCCUCUCUUUGAGUGACAAGCAGGCCAUCGAGAAAGCGUACCUUGCCGGAGAGCUCAACGUCAUCUGCUGCACAUCGACUUUGGCCGUCGGAGUCAAUCUUCCUUGUCACCUCGUCAUCAUCAAGAACACCAUCGCAUACGUGCAUCCAGUUACUCGAGAGUGCUCAGACCUCGAGAUCAUGCAGAUGUUGGGGCGAGCUGGUAGACCACAGUUUGACGACAAUGCAGUAGCGGUCAUUAUCACAAAGAACGAAAAGGUCAGGCGGUAUGAGUUGAUGGUCUCUGGGAAGGAGAUAUUAGAAAGCCGCCUGCAUCUGAAUCUCAUCGAACACCUGAAUGCUGAGAUAGGCCUUCGCACGAUAUGGGACUUGCAAUCGGCCAAGAAAUGGCUUCGGGGCACUUUCCUUUAUGUGCGUCUGCAGCAAAAUCCGACUCACUACGAGAUUGAGGGGGAUGUUCCCGGAAGUACCCUUGACGAACGCCUGGAAAACAUCUGUGUCCGUGGUCUGGAGCUCUUAGCUUGUUCUGACCUUACAGAAGGAGAUGCAAAGAUCCGACUUACAGAGUACGGAGAGAUUAUGGCUCGGUACGCUGUGCGUCAUGAUACGAUGCAAUAUUUCAUCGCACUUGAGCCACAAGCUAAGUUGUCUGAAAUUCUGUCAGCAAUUUGUUCAGCCAGCGAAUUUCGAGAAGUUAGAUUCCGACAAACGGAGAAACGAUUCUACAAAAUCCUGAACUCAUCGCCCGGGAUUAAAUUCCCCAUUCUUGUCAACCUUGAUCUAAUACCACAUAAGAUCUCGCUCAUCAUUCAAGCUGUUCUUGGCGGUGUAGAUAUGCCAAACGAUGAAGAUUUGGCCCGCCAGCGCACUCAGUAUAACCAAGACUUCAACCUUGUAUUUCAGCACACUCGUCGCUUGAUUCGAUGCGUUGUCGACUGUGCUAUUCACAAAGAAGAUUCGGCGAUGGUCCGCAACGCGCUGAUCCUCUCCAGGAGCAUGUGCUCGAGAGUCUGGGACGACUCGCCCUUGACCAUGAAGCAGGUCGAAUCCAUUGGGCCAGUGGGUGUCCGAAAGCUUGUUAAUGCCGGCAUCAGAAGCAUCGACGAGCUCGAGCUUGCUGAGGCGCAGCGUCUUGAAACAAUUCUGGGAAAGCAUCCACCCUACGGUAAUUCGUUGCUUGCCAAAGUCAAAGAGUUCCCAAGGCUCCGCGUGUCGUUGAAGCAAAUGAAGGGUGUGGAAAGGAGAUCGGCGCAGACGGUUACCGUUAAUUUCAAGGCCGAAAUCGGUUUCAUCAACGGAAAGCCACCGUUGACACUAGGCCGGGGCCCCUCACGAAUCCCACUGUUCAUUUGCCUCAUGGCGGAGACCUCGCUUGGAAAGAUGGUGCAUUUUCGCCGCACUAGUGCAGCAAAGCUUGGAAAGGGUCAAGAGGUACUUUUCUGUGCUGAGCUUACCGGCCUGAACCAGUUUGUCACAUGUUAUGUAAUGUGCGAUGACGUUGCUGGUACAAUGAAAUACGCAACUGUUCAACCCGAGAUCCCUGCUCAUCUCCAGGCACAUCUGAGGAUGAACAUCUCGAAGAGACGCAUGGAAAACACGACCCAACAGCCACAGCCACCACCCAGCUCCAACAGUGACGAAUAUGGGGACGGCGGAAUUGACGAUUCAGAUUUAAUCGACGUUGAUGACUUCGUCGACAUUGACCAAUUACCGGUGUAUAGCCCUGCGAAUACUGCCGUUGGGCCUCAUCGCUCUCAGAAAAUGGCCAAGCAAAACACGUCAGGAACAGGUGUUACGCGGCAAGCUGCGGAUGAACCAACCGAGGCGCACAGUAACGGCGCAUCCAAGAAAUUGGACAAUGGGAAAUGGGCUUGCAAUCACAAGUGCAAGAAUAAGCAACAAUGCAAGCACCUCUGUUGCAAGGAUGGGUUGGACAAGGCGCCCAAGCCAGCGAAGGCUACUGGGCACGAGGCCGGCAACAGUACGCAACGCGGAAAGAAGUGUCCUAAUAAUAAACACCUCAUUACGGAUGGGAAGACGCAGACUAGGCUCAACCCUAGCAAGAGCGGCCUGAACACGGGCGCUGGAACACUGCGGAACGUCGAGAGCCUGGAUCUCACAGGCCUAGAGAGCCAGCCUGUGCCCCAAGCACGCCAGGGGUACGAGAAACUUCGGGCCGAGGCGAAGCGCGCCCUGCCUGAAACUACCCCUGUUUCAGUGGGCAUCUCCAAUAAGAGGCCGAGACAUUCCUACAGACGUGGUGAACCAUCGCGUCUAUCAUUCCUACAGAGGGAGAGAGAGGAAGAAACGAGCCCACCUAUCACAAGCGAGAACGACUAUAUCGAACCGAUUGAGGAAAUGGCAUCGACACGAGCAUACGGAACCAAAAGCAACUCGGCUUACCACCAUCAGCAAGAUGAUGAAUACUUGUUCCAUGGUGAUGGAGACUUGUUCGCGGAUAUAAUGGCUGGUGUUGCCUUCCUAGACCAAAACCCCGACCCACGCGCGCCCGAAAAGAAGUCCAAACAGGCCCGAGAACAGCAAAAGUCGCCGGAGCCCACCAUUCACCGAGGACUAGCGCCCCAGAAAGAGGCACAUCCAUCUCUCAAGUCGAGCAGGUCGUGGUCUCCUGAGCAUCCGGCAGGAGGCCUCAGGCCAGCAUUUCAGGAGCGAUCCUACACAAGCACACCACCACCACCACGCAGUGCUGGCGGAUCUACGAGCUCCUUGAAUUCUCCGCGGGUUGCAAGGAAGCCUCUUAGAGCACUGGAUACAUCGUCUGUCCGGUCGCAAUCAACAACUUCGUCCAGACUCCGCUGCAUGAAUCCGGACCCCGAUCCCCUGUCUCCUGAGGAGCCCUCGCCUCAGGCCAUUCCCCCGGGACUCGAGGACGUCGACCCAUGGCUCAUCGCGGAAUAUGCUGCCUUUGUCAACUUCACAUAG